AUGCUGUCGGGCACGGUGUGCAAAUUUUAUCAGAAGGGCAACUGUAAGUUCGGAUCCAGAUGCAAAUUUCUUCAUGUGGACAAUAACAACGGCGCUUCGAACAGAAAUGCUUUCAAUUCUGGCCCGAGUGGAGGUGGAUUAGAUACUGAGGAGUACUACCAAAUCCGGCUUGAUCCAGCUCUCACGGUCUUUAGCAAGGGUGGAAAAGAUGGUGCUAAUCUCAUCUCGGGAAGAGAUAUGUCGCCAGAGGAGCUAAGGUUACAGUAUUUGGAAGCUGCAAGUACCAACAAACUAGAGGAGUAUAAUCGCAUGAUUGACCUCCGAAAAAGGGACAUGGCCUACUGUUUUGACUACUUAAAGAGCCAUUCUAACGAAGCCCUGAUGUAUCUGCAAGGAAAUGCAAACCCAUUCAUUCCACUCACGGUGGAAGCCAGCAUGCAACAAUUAGCGAAUCAGAAUACCGGUUUUUCCAACUCUGCCAAUGGCUUCGGGUCGAGCGGGUUCGGAUCUAGCGCAUUUGGAGCUAACAACGCAUCUCCCUUCGGAAAUUCUGGUACUUCCGCAUUUGGAGCACCUUCAAAAUCUGCCUUUGGCACAAAUGGAAGCUCCUCAUUUGGUGCUGCUAACAGCUCUCCAUUUGGCAACGCUACUAAUUCUGCAUUCGGCAAUUCCACUAAUUCUGCAUUUGGGAAUUCAUCUAAUUCUGCAUUUGGCAACUCCACUAAUUCUGCAUUUGGGGGCUCCAACAACUCUGCAUUUGGCGCAUCCAACAACUCUGCAUUCGGUUCGGCAAGCGGAUCCAAUUCUACCUCUGCAUUUGGUUCAGCUGGAUUCGGAGGAAACACCAACGCAAAUUCUAACUCUGCGUUUGGGUCCACUGGCUUUGGUUCUAAGGCGACUGGUGGUGCUUUUGGAGGACAACUGGGCUUCGGAUCUGCGGGCUUUGGUCUGGGGAACAACCUGUCUUCAACACCACUGACUCUUAAUACAGGAACUGGAGCAGCAUCAGCAUUUGGUUCUACUGGGUUUGGUUCUUCAGGAUUUGGUUCUGCACCCAAGGCAAGCACUGGGUUUGGAUCCAGCGGUUUCGGUUCCAGUGGUUUUGGCUCGAGUGGCUUUGGUCAAAGUGGUUUUGGUCAGAGUAGUUUUGGCCAAAGCAAUCCCCAAAAUGCCGCUCUGGGCACAUUUGGUCAAAAUUCAAGCACAGGGCAAAGUGGAUCAGCCUUUGGUUCGAGCGGCUUUGGGGCCGCCAACCAAAGUGCGUCGCAGAAUCCAUUUGGCUCCAGCGGAAAUUCAUUUGGCCAGUCUACCGUGUUUGGUCAAAACAACUCCGCUCAAACCACAUCAUCUGCAUUUGGUCAGAACAUUUCGUCCGGUCAGAACAAUACAUCUGCAUUCGGUCAGAAUACGUCCGGCCAGAGUGGUACCUCUACGUUUGGCCAAAAUGGUGCAUCUGCAUUCGGUCAGAGUACAUCUACGUUUGGUCAGAACACAACAGCGUCGCCGUUUGGAGGCACCUCUUUUGGUUCGCAAAGUAAUGGAAACACGUUUGGAGCUAACAAUAACACGACUGGCUUUGGGGCAAGUGGGCUUGGUAAUCAGGGCACGCAAAGUUCGGGCCCUGGUUUAAACAGUGCAGCCGCAGACUUGAAGGAGCUUGAACAGUAUGACCCAGAAGUUUCAAAAGCAUUCCUAGCAACACAAUUCACCUUGGGAAAAGUCCCCGAUGUGCCACCUCCUCCACAAUGCUGCUAA